UCCUCUACUUAAGAAGCCCGCACCUAUAACCAGACGUCAAGUCGAUAGCACAACUCUCUACUGCGACUACUAAAGAGUCCUCACCCCAUUCCAACAUUCCGCGCCGGAGAUGUGUCAAAAUAUCAUUGACGGUCGAUACCACACCGAAUGUACUCAUUUCAUUGCCAUGUCGACGAAGUUCCAGGACUGCUUGCGACCAAAUUGUCUCUUCAGUACAAGACAUGUCCAUCCUACAGCAUGCAAAUCACAAGCUUGCAUACGGUUGAUGGCAUUACCAAUGAAGAACCCUAUUCGUAUAAGUCCUUCAAGAUGCGGCGACUGUGUCCUAAAGACAAGAGAUGAAGUAACGCUAAUGGUCCGAGUAGCUGCUGGGAUGCGUUAGUGGGCUACCGUCUGAUCCCAAGAUAGAUAUAUCAUACGAAAACUGCUGUAAUAUUGGCGGCGCUGGCGCCCCGCCCCGUAAUUGCCCCGUAACUUACUGACACCAUGCUGCGAAGGUUAAUAAAUUGCGAUAUUGUAUUCUGCUGACUUUUCGAUAAUUAAACGUACGCCUUGGUGUGAGGUCUGGACUUCAGUCUAGCUCCCCAUAAUUACAAACCACGUAAUAAUCCCACAGUAAUGCCGCCAUGAUAAUUAUGCCAAACUCG